AUCUUCUGCGGAUAUUCCUACACACUGCCUCUAAAAUCUAAAGGUAAACACGAUCUUCAUUAUCUCCAUCAGCCCAAUCGGAAGCACGCAGUGGCCUGCUUUGCAGUUCAACUAAACUUUUUCGACAUGUACGUCCUUUAUUCGAGUCCCGCCCGGUCGCUUGAAGAUGACCUGCUCUCCGAGCUCGCUGUAAACUCAUCUGUGCCCCUUUCAAGCCACACUUGCAGAAGUACAUUCCAGUCAGGAAGACGGCUCAAGCCUGACUGCUCUUGGCCUCCUGUCCCCAUCCCCCACAUCCGUCUUCUUCUUUUCUAUUCAUUGGGCAAAUGGUACCUCGUCGUUAGGACGACACGACGCUUCACCUCCAUUGCUGGAACCCUCUUCCAGCCCCAUUUUGUCGCCCGUUUAGACGGGGGCGGAUUGUACAUUCAGCCAGUUGUCACCGCCGAACUCAUUAGCGGCCUCGACGGGACUCGAACUUGGUCCUCCGUCUUUGGUGCAGCCCAGCUCUUUCCACGGGGCCUGACUCCCUCAGGAGGGUUUCCCUCGGUUGAUGGCGAUGAAUUGACCCUACUUGAGGACUAUACCGAAGACUCGACUUCGCCGCUUUGA